UGCACGGGAAGGGGACAACAUGCAAUGGACAACAAUGACUUCAUUUGCCCUCUCAGCUUUGCUUUACUUGUUCUUCCAUCCAGUUUCGGGGCAGCUGAUUCCAGAGUCGGAGGAUCCGGAGAGGGAAAGUGACGGUGGAACUCCUCUACCCACUUCUGAUAAUGGUGACAAUUCAGUGGGCUACACAGGAUCACGCCUUCGCCAAGAAGAUUUCCCACCUCGAAUUAUAGAACAUCCCUCAGAUCUAAUUGUCUCCAAAGGUGAACCAGCCACGUUGAACUGUAAGGCAGAAGGCAGGCCAACGCCAACAAUUGAGUGGUACAAAGGAGGUGACAGGGUAGAGACUGACAAAGAUGACCCUCGUUCCCACCGAAUGUUAUUGCCCAGUGGAUCUCUAUUUUUUUUACGCAUUGUACAUGGACGUAAGAGUAGACCUGAUGAAGGGGUCUAUGUUUGUGUUGCGAGGAACUAUCUAGGAGAAGCUGUCAGCCACAAUGCAUCGCUGGAAGUAGCUAUUUUGAGAGAUGACUUCAGGCAAAACCCAUCUGAUGUGAUGGUAGCAGUGGGCGAACCAGCGGUGAUGGAGUGUCAGCCUCCUCGAGGUCAUCCUGAACCUACGAUAUCCUGGAAAAAAGAUGGUACACCCAUUGACGACAAGGACGAAAGGAUAACUAUUCGAGGAGGGAAACUUAUGAUCACCUACACCAGAAAAAGCGACGCAGGAAAAUAUGUUUGCGUUGGAACUAACAUGGUUGGCGAACGGGAGAGUGAAGUAGCAGAGCUUACCGUGUUGGAAAGACCAUCGUUUGUGAGAAGACCCAGUAACAUGGCAAUUACUGUAGAUGACAGUGCCGAGUUUAAAUGUGAAGCCCGGGGUGAUCCCGUUCCUACUGUUCGCUGGAGAAAGGAUGAUGGGGAUCUGCCCAAAGCAAGAUAUGAAAUACGGGAUGAUCACACGCUGAAGAUUCGAAAAGUUAUAGCGAGCGACAUGGGAUCUUACACGUGCAUCGCGGAGAAUAUGGUUGGAAAAGCUGAAGCGUCAGCUGUCCUAACCGUUCAAGUUGUGUCUGAGCCUCCGAAUUUUGUUGUGAAACCUCGCGAUCAAGUAGUUGCAUUGGGCCGUACAGUAACGUUCCAAUGUGAAGCAACUGGAAAUCCACAGCCAGCUAUAUUUUGGCAGAAGGAGGGUAGCCAGAACCUGCUUUUUUCCUACCAGCCCCCGCAAUUGUCAAGUCGGUUUUCAGUGUCUCAGACUGGUGACCUCACUAUCACAAAUAUUCAAAAGUCUGAUGUUGGCUACUACAUUUGCCAGACUUUGAAUGUCGCCGGGAGCAUUACGACAAAGGCGUACUUAGAAGUUACUGAUGUGGUCGCUGACCGUCCUCCUCCAGUUAUUCGUCAGGGUCCUUUGAAUCAGACGGUAGCUGUUGAUAGCACAUUGCUUCUGAAUUGUGUAGCUACUGGUGUCACAGUUCCCACAAUCCAUUGGAGAAAGGAUGGAAUUCUCAUUCCCACCCAGGACUCCCGUAUUAAACAACUAGACACAGGAGCUCUACAGAUCCGAUACACUAAGCUAAGUGACACCGGCCGCUACACCUGCACUGCGUCGACUCCAAGCGGGGAAGCAAAUUGGAGCUCUUAUAUCGAAAUCCAAGAAUUCGGAGCUCCGGUACAACCUCCUAGAGCGACUGAUCCCAACCUGAUUCCCAGCGCGCCCUCAAAACCCGAGGUCACUGAUGUUAGUAAAAACACGGUGACUUUAUCGUGGCAGCCAAACUUGAAUUCAGGGGCAACUCCAACUUCAUACAUCAUAGAGGCAUUCAGUCAUGCAUCUGGAAGCAGCUGGCAAACCGUGGCAGAAAAUGUCAAGACCGAAUCGUUUGCCGUUAAAGGAUUGAAACCAAAUGCUAUCUACCUCUUCCUUGUGAGAGCAGCUAAUGCGUAUGGGCUGAGCGACCCAAGCCAAAUAUCUGAUCCUGUAAAAACACAAGAUGUACCUCCUACAAGCCAGGGUGUGGACCACAAGCAGGUACAACGAGAACUUGGCGAUGUGGUUCUACACCUCCAUAAUCCCACGAUACUCUCGUCAUCAUCCAUAGAAGUUCACUGGACAGUGGAUCAGCAAUCGCAGUAUAUACAGGGUUACAAAAUUCUUUAUAGACCAAGUCAAGAUGGGAACAGUGAAUCUGCGUGGUCAAUGUUUGAAGUUAGAACCCCGGCAAAGAACAGCGCGGUCAUUCCUGAGCUAAAGAAAGGCGUCAACUAUGAGAUCAAGGCUCGUCCCUUUUUUAAUGAAUUUCAGGGAGCCGACAGUGAAGUGCGCUUUGCCAAAACCCUCGAAGAAGCACCCAGUGCUCCACCUCAGAGCGUUACUAUAACCAAAAGCGAGGGCAAUGGGACGUCUGUUGUAGUCGCCUGGCAGCCACCUCCUGAAGAAACGCAAAAUGGAAUGGUUCAGGAGUACAAGGUCUGGUGUCUUGGCAAUGAGAGUCGGUAUCACAUCAACAGGACAGUUGAUGGCUCUACUCUGUCUGUGGUUAUUCCGUCCUUAGUUCCUGGCGUCAAAUAUAGCGUUGAAGUGGCAGCAAGUACCGGGGCAGGGCCUGGGGUGAAAAGCGAGCCUCAGUUUAUCCAGCUGGAUUCCUUCGGAAAUCCAGUUUCUCCAGGUGACCAAGUCAGCCUUGCCCAGCAGAUAUCAGACGUGGUGAAGCAGCCGGCGUUCAUCGCAGGGAUAGGUGCCGCCUGCUGGAUCAUUCUCAUGGUGUUCAGUAUAUGGCUGUACCGUCACCGCAAGAAACGCAGUGGCCUUACCAGCACCUAUGCAGGGAUCAGAAAAGUCCCGUCCUUUACCUUCACACCAACAGUUGCGUACCAACGAGGUGGCGAUGCUGUGAGCAGCGCUGGCAGGCCAGGGCUUUUAAAUAUUACAGAACCGGCCACACAGCCUUGGCUGGCAGAUACCUGGCCAAACACUGGAAACAAUCACCAAGAAUGUCCCAUCAAUUGCUGUACAUCUGGGAAUGGAAGCAGCGACAACAACCUUGCUACCUACAGCCGUCCAGCUGAUUGUAUCGCUAACUACAACAACCAGCUGGACAACAAACAGACUAAUCUAAUGGUGCCCGAGUCAGCGAUUUAUGGUGAUGUGGAUCUAAGCAACAAAAUCAAUGAAAUGAAAACCUUCAACAGUCCUAAUCUGAAAGAUGGACGCUUCAUCAGUGCAGCUGGACAACCCACCCCGUAUGCAACCACUCAGCUCAUUCAGUCAAACAUAAGUAACAAUGUGAACACUGCUGUUGGCGAUCUGGAUGAAAAGCAUUGGAAACCUCCCUCUCAACAGAAACCAGAUGUUGCCCCGAUGCAGUACAACAUCAUGGAGCAAAACAAAAUCAACAAAGAUUAUCGGGUUACAGAUACGAUGCCUGCAACAAUUCCUUACAGCCAUGACCAGAAUACAGGGGGGUCAUACAACAGUUCAGAUCGAGGAAGCAGCACAUCGGGAAGCCAAGGUCACAAGAAAGGGACGCGUACGCCUAAGGUUUCUAAGCAGGCUGGCAUGAACUGGGCAGAUCUAUUGCCCCCUCCUCCAGCACAUCCUCCACCACACGGUGCCAGUGAGGAAUAUACAUUAUCGGCUGAUGAAAGUUAUGACCGAGAACUGCCUUGCCCAAUGCCGCCAUCAAGAAUGUAUCUCCAACAAGAUGAGCUGGAAGAAGAAGAUGAAAGGGGACCAACUCCACCUAUAAGAGGGGCUGCCUCUUCUCCAGCUGCUGUAUCGUAUAGUCAUCAGUCCACCGCCACUCUCACACCUUCACCCCAAGAAGAGCUUCAGCCGAUGCUUCAGGACUGUCAGGAGGAUAUUGGUCAUACUCAACAUCAACUGGAAAGAAGGCGUCAUCAGAUAAGUCCUCCACCUCCUCCAAGGCCCAUAUCUCCACCCCAUACUUAUGGUUAUAUUUCUGGACCAAUAGUCUCGGACAUGGAUACAGAUGUUCCUGAAGAUGAAGGAGAUGAAAUGGAAGUUGCAAAGAUGCAGAACCGCAGACUUCUGUUGCGUGGCUUGGAGCAGACCCCUGCCUCCAGUGUCGGGGAUCUAGAAAGCUCAGUUACUGGUUCUAUGAUCAACGGUUGGGGCUCUGCUUCAGAAGAAGACAAUGUCUCCAGUGGGCGAUCUAGCGUCAGCUCAUCUGAUGGCUCAUUUUUCACGGAUGCUGAUUUUGCACAAGCUGUCGCAGCAGCUGCAGAAUAUGCUGGACUUAAAGUAGCAAGACACCAAAUGCAAGAAGCAGCGGGAGGCCGCAGACAUUUUCAUGCAUCUCACUGCCGGAGACCUACAAGUCCUGUGUCGACGGACAGCAAUAUGAGUACUGCCGUCAUGCAGAAAACUCGUCCUAGCAAGAAACCAAAACACCAACAAGGACAUCUCCGAAAAGAGGUCUACACAGAUGAUCUACCACCACCACCCUUGCCCCCUCCUGCUUUAAAGUCUCCGACUGGUCCAUCCAAAGCACAGCUAGAUGUGCGCCCCGGCUUCUCGCAAAAGUACGCUGCACCGGAUCAAAGACUAGAAAGACCAGGGGAGAGAAAAGGAACAAACUAUAGAGGGAGAGAAGGAGGAGAGAGCAGACAACAGGCGGAUAUACGGACUAAUUCAGGAGAGAGGAGAGAACCUCUAGAACAUCAGAUUGAUGAGAAAAUGAAAAGAGGAAAAACGGGAAAACGAGAAACUACACCUCUUCAAGAGGACAUUUUACCUUAUUGCAAACCCACAUUCCCCACAUCGAAUAACCCUCGAGAUCCUAGCUCCUCCAGCUCAAUGUCCUCAAGAGGUUCUGGUGGCAGGAGAAGGACAGAUCAAACAACCGGACGCAGGAACGCUGCCGAGAUGCAACUCUUAGGAACAUAUGAGCGAGGCGUAGAUGAAGAUGAAAUAGAGGAAACAGAGAGUUGAAGGCAAAGAAAAAGGAGUGAGAUCUUUUCAGAUUUAAAUCCCUCAAGAUGCCUCAAGAUGAAUGACGUUAUGCCAGAGAUGCUGUUCAGUGCAAUCAAUUGUAUACUCUUUCAUUUUCAUUUUAUACUCAUGAAAUCAGCUGGACACACUUUUGCUUCAUUCGUUUACGCCUCGUCCCCUUUGUGUAAGUCCGACCUCGACAAUUACCCAAAGCAGCACUUAAAACGGCACCUUCUACGCUCUCCAACCGCAAAGACAGCUCAUCAGCUCGCUGAAGAGCCGGUGCUGACGCUGCUUCCGCAAUUAGACGGCAGAAGGUGCCAAGACUGGAACCCUAAGCUUGCUGCCUACGAAGCCAAUCUUGUCUUUUUCCCUAUCGAGUCCUAGCAGGAGCUGGUGCAGUGCACUGCCUCCCGACCACCAAAGCACCGAUGGCCAUCUUUCUGUAACUUUUAACGCCGCCAUCUACGAGAAUUCAUGCACAAACUUAUGACAUUUUCAUGACUUUGCGUUAGGUUGCAUUUAGCAGAAUUUUCUUUUUUUCCCCCAUUGUAAACCUAACGAUAACUGUUACGUCAGUAUUGCCCUUCAACCCAUAAUCAAAAAGCAGUAAGGAGGUCAUUGUAAAUAUGUACUUUUUUUCAUACGUUCCUGUGGUACUCGUCUCUCCCAUAUCCAUUACAUCGUGAUUUUAUGGAAGUCAAGCCAGUAAAAAAUACCUGGUGGUUUUGGGGGAAAUCUUUCAGAAAUCAUUUAUUUUUCCAUUCAGCAACAUUUGUAGGAAAAAAAAAGAAACAAAAAAGAGAAUUCUAACAUUUGUAAUACACAUCAAACGAGGGUAACUUUUUGGGGGGGUUGAAAUUUGGAUGGCUCCCCGUUUGCUGAGUUAAUCCAGACUGAACAGACAUACCACUUCAGGAAAUUUUGGUUUAUUCUUGUUAUUUGUAAUGCACUGUUUUGUUGGUUUUAAAAGCACAAUCACUAAACUUUAUUUUUAAACAUUGUAACUAUUAACCAUUUUCUGUCUUAUUGAUAAAUGUUAAAAUACAUUAUUUUUUUUGUGUAUGCCUUUUGUUAAUGCUGUUUUUUUUUUGUUGUUGCUGUUGUUGUUGCAAAAGAUAACAGAUGGCUAAGCGUGUUUGUUCGAUGUUUGAAAGGAUAAGUUGUGUCAAAUGUUUUAUAUCAGAACUGGCCCAAAGGAGGACAAAAGCUAAAAUAGAAAUUCAUCUAUAUGAAUGAAUAUUUGCCUAUUUAUAACACAUAUGUACGUUACGGAAAAAAAUGAAAA